AUGAUGUACCACCACUACUCGGAGGCCCCCUACUAUGCCGCCGCACCGCUGCCCGCGCACCCGCGAGACAUGGUGCUUCUGCCGUCGAUGCUCUUCCGCGACCACCUCGUGUCGUCCCCGCCCUAUGAGCAAACGCGUCCCGCGCCGACGACGUUCGCACUUCCGUCAAUCAAGAGCCUCUUGUGCGAGCCCAGCAUUGCCCCAGUUGAGGUGACGGCAGUGGUGCCGACCAAGCCACGCUGGCGCCCGUCCAAGUACUGCACGGUCGAGGCCUGCGAGCGCGUCUCACAGCGCAACGGUCUCUGCCACCGCCACGGCGGGAAGCGAUCGUGCAAGGACCCGUCGUGUAAUGCCAAAGACCGUGGGAACGGCUACUGCAUUAAGCAUGGCGGUGGUCGCCCUUGCGAUGUGGCCCACUGCGGCAAGAAGGCGCGGCGCCAAGGCAUGUGCACGCAGCACUUUCGCCUCGUGAACACGCCGUAGAAGACUUGACGCGCACUGUACAUUACCAGGCUUUCCGUUCCUGUGGUAGCUCGAUUAUUUAAGAAGCCGUUCGUCGGGCCAGAAUCGAAUAGACGAUGAUUCCAGA